ACUUCUGCUCAAAUCCUGUUCAGGAGCUUGGAAAGGAGGAGAAUUGGGGGUGGUUGCCAGGAAGACCAGCACCUCCGGUUACUAGAGGGUUUAUAGGGGCCUUCUCCUUUCUGUACCCCUUUACUAGGGAGUAUCCCUUGCAGAUAAAUGAGAUUUUUUGAUUUCUUAAAAAGCCAGCUGCAGCGAAGAAGAACUGCUGCAGGUCGAGGGGAAGAGAGGUAGGUCCUUGCUGGAGAGGGAGACGUGGGCUCUGAGGUCCCAGGAGCACGCAGUUGGGGUGAGUGUGGCCGAAAGUGUAGAGGUAGGGUUGUGGGAAAGAAACAGCCGAGGUGAGAGGGAGGGCGCACUCAGGAUGUAGUCGGAGAGAUGGGGAAUAGGUACGGGGGAGUCCUAGCGGAAUGUGGGGCCCAGCUGGAGCCGCUUGGGCUUAUAUUUGGCUCCUCGUUGCCUCGCAGAUUUCUUGCUCUUGGAUCUUGAAAAAUAUUUUUUGUUGGACAAAGAAAACUUUGAGGACAUAUUUUGGAAGAGAGAGAGGACUAAAGAGCUGACUUCUGGAAACUUUCCUUGGCAGCUUUGGUAGUAAAACUCCGUUCAGGCAGCGUUUAUUGAGCACCUAUUACGUGGUUUGUACUGGACUUUGGAAGAGUCUGGACAGGCAGGGAAUUCCCGUUUGCAGUAAUGGUGAGGGCUGUCUACCUUAUAAACAACCAAGGGGCCCCUCCCAGUGCCAAGAGUGAGAGUGAUUCACACCUUCCUCGCCAAAGCAUCUGGGACCUCUGCUUCUUACCUGUCGGAAGAACCCUGCACCAUAUCCCAUAAAUGGGGUGUGCAGGCAGCAUUUAUUUUCACAGUCCAAAAAUAGUGACCAAACUCCUACUGUCAGCUAGGUCAGAGUUGGGGUUCUUGCUUCACCUGUCUUGACACCAACUAACUAAAUCCCUGUUAAGAUCCAAGUGCAAGAUGGGGAAGAAUCUGAGAUGAAAAUUAGGUGGUUAAAACAGGGGUCACGAAAGUUGAUUUGGGGUGUUUGAUCUCUGUAGGUUACUUAUGGAGCCCCCCAUAAAAUGAUUAGGUAAUCUAUGGAGCCAGGGAAAAAUUCCAAAAUCUUGAAUUGGCACAGUUUAUUUACAUAUUUGAACACUUUGUAUUAGAUUUGUCUCGUUUUUAUUUAGGGUGUAUGUGUGCGUGUUGAUUAAAACCUAACAGAUUAGAAGGUUGGAGAGGAAACUGUCCUUAGAUGACCCAGCCUUCCAUUACCAUGUGGAGUAGCAUAUGAUGCAACAGUUAAAGUAUUGAGCCAUAUUCAUAUCGUUUUCUCCCUGCUGUGUUUUCCAGCAUUUAAAAAACGUGAUAAAAACUUAGCCCCUUUUUUCCUCAAAAUCGCUAAAGUUUAAUGGAAAAAAAAGAAAAAAGAAACUAGGCCCCCUUUUCCCUUAAUUUUUAUAUUAUGCAGAGUUUUAAAAAAAUAAUUUUAGAAAAUUCUGAUGUGUUUGUCAUGUCCAAAUAGUUAAAUUGUUUUGGUAGCUAUAGUUUGGAAAUUAGACUUGAUUCCUUUCUCAGUACUGCCGACAAAAUAGCUAUUAAAGUCAAAAGUUUGUCCCAACUUUGUAAUCAUGAUUAUUAUGUUGUUGAAGUGGUAGCUUGUAAGGGAUUUCAGUUAUUUUUAAUUGGAGCUGGUGUUUGACAUUCUAAGAAACACCAGUUAAUAUUUGUUGAGUGCCAGCAGGAAGCAGAGAACUGGAGUGGGUGCUGUGGGAUCUUAACAAGGCAGGAGAGGAUUCUCGUAGUAAUCACAGAGAGCAGAUAAGACAGGCACACAUGAGGAUGCCAGCAGAAGCAGAUAGUUAGAGUUGUCUAAGAAUCCAGGGUGUGUGGAACCAGAUGAAAGUGUAUGAAGUAUGUUGAGGGAGGAGUGGAAAUCUGAAUUGACUUUUGACAGUGGUCAGGGAGGGGGAACAGAAUAUAUGACUAAUAAAGGAGGGUAGAGGGAACCUAGUUAGUGAAAAACUUAACCACAAGUCAGUGGUGUUAAUCAUUUGCCUCAAGACCAGUGGCUCUCAGAAGUAGGCAGUUUUGCUUCUCAGCAGACCUUGAGGAAUGUUGGAGACAUUUAUGGUUAUCAUAGCUAGGCGGCAGGUGCUGCUGUUAUCUAGUGGCUAGAGGACAGGGAUGCUACAUAAGCAUCCUACUGUGCACAGGACAUCAACCCCCUUCCUCCUAAACAAAGAAUGAUCCUGUCCAAAAUGGCGAUAGUGCCUGCCCUUAGACCUCAGAAUAGGUCUUAAAGGGAGGUGGUUCUUGACAUGGGAGGAAUAAUAACAUUGAGCUUAGGAAGCUGAUGUGGGAGACUUCUGUGAUCAGGUCUGAUGUGAUUAGGGUCUGGGCAAAUCAUUAUUGAAAGAAAGGGGCAGUUUGGAGGGAGAUCGUAGCAGAUGAACACAGUAUGAUAGUGGAGUAAGUUGGGAAUCAUAGAAUCAGAAUUGGCAUUUUAGAGGGGCCCUAUCCAAUUUAUUGAUUUUAAUAAAUUCUUACCCUUUCUAGGUAACCUUUGUUUAAAUAACCCCAGGAACUGUGAACUUCUUCUCCUGAAGACAGGUUAUUACACCUUUGGACUGUUUGUUGUAUUAUUACUUGAGCUGAAGGCUGUCUCCUUGAAUUUUUUUUUUCCAAUGAUUUUAUUCUUUUCGAGCUGCCUACUCUCUUUGAAUGCACCAAGAGAAUAUGAUGUCCCCUUACCCCCAGUUGAUUUUCCUAAUGCAAACUAGUCCCAAUUCUUUUCACAGUCUUUUAUUGGGAUGUGGUUUCUCGAUGUCUUCUCAGUUUAUCAGCAUCGCACAUGGAGAAUCUGGAAUUGAAUAUGUAAUUGAGAUGUGAUCUGGCCAACAGAGAGUACAGUAAGACGGCUGUCUGCUGAGACCUAGACAUAAAUGUCUACUUACUGCACCUUAAGCUUACAACUGCCUUUGGUUUUCUUAGGCAGUGCUGAGCACCAACUUCUUUAUUAGAUAAUCAUGUUUUGGAUGGUCAAAACCCCCAGAUACUUGCUCUGUGAGCUGUUGCAUCCUGUAUUUCUUCAGCAGAUUUUUUUUGGAGAAGUUUUUGUUGUUGUUCCUUCUCAAUGUUAUCCUGUUUAUUUUGAUCCAAUCUUCUAGCCUUUGACAUUUUUGAAUUUAUGUCUUCUAAUUAUAUGAGAGAGGAAUGGAGGAUGACUUUGUUGAAAAUGGUAGUCAGUCAGUACUAUGUAAAACUCAGUAGUUUGGGGGCACUGUUGGUCCUGUGUGAGAGCUGGGAUCACUGAGUGAUGGAGGUGAGUUCUAGGGCUAAUUAGCCCUUAUUUUGGGGGCUUUUGAGAAAUCUAAAUGCCAGGCCACAUGGCAUUCAGCUCUUGAAAUGUUUGCACCUGUGGUACCAUUUUGAAAUUGUUUGAGUCUGUUGCAAGCUUCUGAAAUCUGAAUUCCUUCCUCUGGGUCUUUGUAGUUCUGUUUAUGUAUCUGGAAGAGAGUUUCUAACGUUUUGUGCAAAUCUGAAGCUUGCGGGGUUCGAGUUGCUUUUGAAAAUUGUGAGAAGGUAGGAUAACUGGCAAAAAUCAACUAUGGACUUGGUUCCCACUCAGGCUAAGCUUUGUUUUCUUUUUUGCUAAUAUGCCUCAAAUAUUUAGUGACAGACUUAUAUUUAGGGAAGGAGAGAGGAUUGAGGUUUAGAAACAAACCUUUUUCUCAGAGCUUGGCUUUAACUUGUCAUUGAUGUAAGUUCAUACUUGAUUUUACAGUCUUCACUGCAAAGACAUUAGGAAAUUACCAUUCCCAGAUGUCUUCUGAAGCUGGCAGGAAGUGCACGGCUGUCUAUAACGUGCUGCCGGGUCCCAGGAUGGAGGAGUGAAGUCUCUCGUCGCUGCGGUUCCAGCCUCCCAAGCUCGCCCAAGCCGAGUCCCCAGAGAGUGCCCUGAGGGAACAGGGUGGCCGCUUGGUCCAGGAAUGUUUACCCUUGCAGAAGUUGCAUCACUUAAUGACAUUCAGCCAACUUACCGAAUCCUGAAACCAUGGUGGGAUGUGUUUAUGGAUUACCUGGCUGUUGUUAUGUUAAUGGUAGCCAUCUUUGCAGGAACCAUGCAACUUACCAAAGAUCAGGUGGUCUGUUUGCCAGUAUUGCCAUCUCCUGUAAAUUCAAAGGCACAUACAUCACCAGGAAAUGCCGAGGUCACCACCAACAUCCCGAAGAUGGAAGCAGCCACCAACCAAGACCAAGAUGGGCGGACAACAAAUGACAUUUCCUUUGGGACAUCUGCUGUGACACCUGACAUACCUCUCAGAGCCACAUAUCCUCGCACAGAUUUCGCACUUCCAAGUCAGGAGGCAAAGAAAGAGAAGAAAGAUCCAACAGGUCGAAAAACAAACUUGGAUUUUCAGCAAUAUGUAUUUAUUAAUCAGAUGUGUUACCAUCUGGCCCUUCCGUGGUAUUCUAAGUACUUUCCAUACCUUGCUCUUAUACAUACUAUUAUUCUCAUGGUCAGUAGCAACUUUUGGUUCAAAUAUCCCAAAACAUGCUCAAAAGUAGAACAUUUUGUUUCAAUAUUAGGAAAGUGCUUUGAAUCCCCUUGGACUACAAAAGCAUUGUCUGAGACAGCAUGCGAAGACUCAGAGGAAAACAAGCAGAGAAUAACAGGUGCCCAGACUCUACCAAAGCAUGUGUCUACCAGCAGUGAUGAAGGGAGCCCCAGUGCCAGUACACCAAUGAUCAAUAAAACCGGCUUUAAAUUUUCAGCUGAGAAACCUGUGAUUGAAGUUCCCAGCAUGACCAUCCUAGAUAAAAAGGAUGGAGAGCAGGCCAAAGCCCUGUUUGAGAAAGUGAGGAAGUUCCGUGCCCAUGUGGAAGAUAGUGACUUGAUCUAUAAACUCUAUGUCGUCCAAACAGUUAUCAAAACAGCCAAGUUCAUUUUUAUUCUCUGCUAUACAGCGAACUUUGUCAACGCAAUCAGCUUUGAACAUGUCUGCAAGCCCAAAGUUGAGCAUCUGACUGGUUAUGAGGUAUUUGAGUGCACCCACAAUAUGGCUUACAUGUUGAAAAAGCUUCUCAUCAGUUACAUAUCCAUUAUUUGUGUUUAUGGCUUUAUCUGCCUCUACACUCUCUUCUGGUUAUUCAGGAUACCUUUGAAGGAAUAUUCUUUCGAAAAAGUCAGAGAAGAGAGCAGUUUUAGUGACAUUCCAGAUGUCAAAAACGAUUUUGCGUUCCUUCUCCACAUGGUGGACCAGUAUGACCAGCUAUAUUCCAAGCGUUUUGGUGUGUUCUUGUCAGAAGUUAGUGAAAAUAAACUUAGGGAAAUUAGUUUGAACCAUGAGUGGACAUUUGAAAAACUCAGGCAGCACGUUUCACGCAAUGCCCAGGACAAGCAGGAGUUGCAUCUGUUCAUGCUAUCGGGGGUGCCCGAUGCUGUCUUUGACCUCACAGACCUGGAUGUGCUAAAGCUUGAACUAAUUCCAGAAGCUAAAAUUCCUGCUAAGAUUUCUCAAAUGACUAACCUCCAAGAGCUCCACCUCUGCCACUGCCCUGCAAAAGUUGAACAGACUGCUUUUAGCUUUCUUCGCGAUCACUUGAGAUGCCUUCACGUGAAGUUCACCGAUGUGGCUGAAAUUCCUGCCUGGGUGUAUUUGCUCAAAAACCUUCGAGAGUUGUACUUAAUAGGCAAUUUGAACUCUGAAAACAACAAGAUGAUAGGACUUGAAUCUCUCCGAGAGUUGCGGCACCUUAAGAUUCUCCACGUGAAAAGCAAUUUGACCAAAGUUCCCUCCAACAUUACAGAUGUGGCUCCACAUCUUACAAAGUUAGUCAUUCAUAAUGACGGCACUAAACUCUUGGUACUGAACAGCCUUAAGAAAAUGAUGAAUGUCGCCGAGCUGGAACUCCAGAACUGUGAACUAGAGAGAAUUCCACAUGCUAUUUUCAGCCUCUCUAAUUUGCAGGAACUGGAUUUAAAGUCAAAUAACAUUCGCACAAUUGAGGAAAUCAUCAGUUUCCAGCAUUUAAAACGACUGACUUGUUUAAAAUUAUGGCAUAACAAGAUUGUUACUAUUCCUCCCUCUAUUACCCAUGUCAAAAACUUGGAGUCACUUUAUUUCUCUAACAACAAGCUCGAAUCCUUACCAGUGGCAGUAUUUAGUUUACAGAAACUCAGAUGCUUAGAUGUAAGCUACAACAACAUUUCAAUGAUUCCAAUAGAAAUAGGAUUGCUUCAGAACCUGCAGCAUUUGCAUAUCACUGGGAACAAAGUGGACAGUCUGCCAAAACAAUUGUUUAAAUGCAUAAAGUUGAGGACUUUGAAUCUGGGACAAAACUGCAUCACCUCACUCCCAGAGAAAGUUGGUCAGCUCUCCCAGCUCACUCAGCUGGAGCUGAAGGGGAACUGCUUGGACCGCCUGCCAGCCCAGCUGGGCCAGUGUCGGAUGCUCAAGAAAAGCGGGCUUGUUGUGGAAGAUCACCUUUUUGACACCCUGCCACUCGAAGUCAAAGAGGCAUUGAAUCAAGACAUAAAUAUUCCCUUUGCAAAUGGGAUUUAAACUAAGAGAAUACGUGCACAGCGAUGUGCAGGAACAACUUCCUAGAUUGCAAGUGCUCACGUACAAGUUAUUACAAGAUAAUGCAUUUUAGGAGUAGAUACAUCUUUUAAAAUAAAACACAGAGAGGAUGCAUAGAAGGCUGAUAGAAGACAUAACUGAAUGUUCAACAUUUGUAGGGUUUUAAGUCAUUCAUUUCCAAAUCCUUUUUUUUUUUUUUUUUCCUUUUGGGGAAAGGGAAGGAAAAAUUAUAAUCACUAAUCUUGGUUAUUUUUAAAUUGUUUGUAACUUGGAUGCUGCCGCUACUGAAUGUUUACAAAUUGCUUGCCUGCUAAAGUAAAUGAUUAAAUUGACAUUUUCUUACUAUA